UUACGAAUGAUAUAUCCAUCCCUCAGUAUACUAGAAUACUGUAUAAUACAGUUUAGUACAGUUGUACAUACUAUUAUACGACUUGUGAUACAGUCUGCUACUGAGUACAGUCGUAGAGAUAUAUCGUGUGAUCGAAUGUAAAGAUAUAGUACGUGAGGAAAUUGAAAAAAACGAUAUUGAAAUAGAAAGGGAAUUCACAGAGGUCUUUUGUGUCCUUGUCUAAUAAGCAUGCACAUUCGUACAGUAAAUAUGAAGCGUAACACUGAUCAAAGAACGGCGUAAGUAUAAACGUCUGAUCAAAUAAGGAUAGAACGGGCUUAUAUGCAACGUUUUCUUUCUAUUCGUAUAUCGCAUCUACUUUCACGGUUAUGUUCAUCAAUCCGUAUAGAAAGGUGCACGUGGUAAAAUUCAUCAUUUAUAAUUGAAUUAAUACACAUUUGUUUGACCGAAGCAAUGGCUUUAAAAGCAAAGAAGAAAACCUUAGCAGACAAAGUGAAUUCAUUAGUUACUACAACACCAGUAACUUUUAAUUCCGACGAUGAAGCGGAAGACACGAAAGCAAAACUAGUUGAUCGUUAUGAUGAAAGUGAUAAUUCAGAUAGUAAUUUUCAAAUUUCGGAGAUACGUAGACGAAAUGUGGAUCUCUUGGAUCAAGUGGACGAAAGGUAUAAAGGUAAAAAAGUUUCAAGAAAAGAUAUAUAUGAGGAUGAUGAUGAUGAAGAUUCUGUUGUACAAAGCACAUCAGAAAGUGAAGAUGAAGAAAUGAAUAGUAUGGAGCAAGAAAGUGAUGAUAUCAACAACAGUAAUAAUGAAGAAGAUAUGGAAGAUGAUGAUAGCAAUAUGGAGGAUAGUGAAAAUGAUCAUUCGAAUGAGGAAAUGAGUUAUGACAGUAAAAUAAAUUUAGAACAGGAUUCUGAAAAUGAAGAUAGUAAGGAUAUUCUUUUUACACAGCAGGGGACAGAUAUCAAAACAAUAUCACAGAUAAAUAUAAGAGCAGAUAUAGAAAAAGGUAGUUGUGUUAGAAGUCAAUUAAAGCUUUGGGAAAAUUUAUUAGAAAUAAGAAUAAAAUUACAAAAAUGUUUAAUUACGAGUAAUCAAAUGCCGCAGCAUGAUGUUUAUCAAAAUUUUAAAAUGGAUGCAGAAUAUACAAAAACAACUGAUGAAGUAAAAAAUAAGUUGAAGAUAUUAUUGAAUAAUAUGUUACAGUUGCAAACUUUCUUUUUAAAACAAUACCCUGAAACAAAAAAUUUAUCUAUGUCUAAUAAAAAAAGGAAAGCUGAAGAAAGCACAGAUGAAAUAGCAAAUACAGAAGAUCCAAUGGAUGAAGAAAUUCUUUCAGAUACAGAGAAUGAAAAUGAAGAUACAGAUACAAUUUCAGACAAAUAUAAAGAAAACUUUAACAACAAUGUAUUUAGCAAAAAAUUGAAACUUAAAGACUAUGAAAAGAUAUUAAAUGAUAAUCACAAAUCAUAUAUAGAAUAUAGAAAUUCUGUUGUACAAAAAUGGAAUGAAAAGACAAGAAUAACUAGUGGUAAAUUAAAUAAAGGUAUGAGUGAAACAACUCUGAAACAAAUUGAAUUCGCUCUAAAUGAUAAAGAAAAGUUGCUUAAAAAAAGUAGAUUGAAACGUUCAGAAUAUAAAAUUGUUGGUAAGGAACAAGUAACAGAAGAUAGUGAUGGUAGAAGAAUUCAAGACUAUGAUUCUGAAAUUUACGAUGAUGAUGACUUCUAUCAUCAACUUUUAAGAGAUUUAAUUGAAUAUAAAUCAUCUGAUAUCACUGAUCCUAUACAACUUAGUAAACAAUGGAUAAAAUUACAGAAUAUGAGGCGAAAAAUGAAAAGAAAAAUAGAUACAAGAGCUACUAAAGGUAGAAGAAUACGUUAUAAUGUACAUAAUAAGUUAGUAAACUUUAUGGCUCCUAUUACAGCAAAUGAUACAUGGACAGAUCAUGCAAAGGAUGAAUUAUAUAGUUCUUUAUUUGGCAGAAUUAAACCACCAAAUGUAGAAGUUGGUCGUUAAGUUUAGCACAAUUAAUAAAAUGUUAAUUUUAUAUAUUUUAAUCAAAAAUAUUUUAUCAGAUUUACAGAAAUUUGAUAAUGAAAUACAAGCAAAAAUAAUUAUAGUUAAUAUUAUGUAAUAAAAUAAAUAAAAAAAAAUUUGUUUAUUGUGUAUAUAAUAAUACAAGAGUGUUUAAAAUUUUAUACUUAAUGAUAUUCAUUUGAAUAUUAUUUUUUCUAGCCUUAUCAACAAAAUGUUGUUGUAUAUAUAUAAUUUUGUUUAGUAAAUAAAGUAACUUUAUAUUAAUUGA